AUGAGUGACAAACUUUUGACCAACUUGGACAAACUUCUGGUCGAGCUUGCUUUCCAGGUAGAACAGAUUUCUUUUGCUAAGGAACAUGUGAAUCAACAGAUAAAUUCAUAUACUGCAAAAAUCGCAGAAAAAAAGAAUAAAAUUGCUAGGUUGGAGGAGAACAUAAAUAGGAGCAACGACGAAAUUGCUGAUUUGAAAAAGCAAAAUGAGAGCAGUAAGAAGAACUGCGAUGUCUGGAAGCCCACCUAUGAAAUUCUUAGCAAACAUGAAGAAUAUUUGAAAAAUGAACUCGAAGCUUUAGAGGAAGCUACAGAAAAUGAGAGGAAAAUGUAUGAGGAUUACAUAACCCAGUACAAGAAGGUUUUGGAGGAACACCGCAAAAAAUAUGCAGAGACUCCUCUUGCCCAGAAAUAUUACAGGAAAAAGGAGGAAGUUGAAGAAAUCCAAAGGAGGGUUUUGAAAUGCUGUGAAAAAUACAAAUGGAAAGAAGAUGCUUGCUUAGAUAUUCUGGAGGCUGUUCCUUUUAAAUCUGUAAAUGAUUGGGCUGUACACAUUGCAUCUUCGAAGCGAAAAACACAGGAAAUGUUACAUCUUGCCACAGUUGCUGCACAAGAAUCCAUCAAACUGAAAACAGAAGCAGAAGAAUUAGAAAGGAAGAUUGAUUCUUUCAAAAAGACACUUGAAGUGGCUACAGAAGAUCAAAAUGGUUCUGAAAUGAUUGAAGGAAAAAAUCAAAAAAGUCUUCAGAGGUCAGAGGACUUUAAAGAAAGGAUGUUUGAAGAGCCUGAACCCUCACCUUUGCCAAAAGAGAAACAUCAGCAGUGUAAACCAUUACAGGUCCUACACAUUCCUCAGAAACUGGUCCAGUCUGUACAGAGUAUUAGAUUCUCAGAUCAACAACCAGAAACAGGGAGAGAAGAAAAAGAAAAACCAAUGGAACUUUCAGUUGCCACUAGCAGUUCCUCCAGCCUUGCAGAAAAUUUGUCAGAGAUGGUUAUUGACACUGCAGGGACUAAUAACCAACAAAUUGCCCAAGUUCCAUCAAUAACAAGCAUACAAACCCCAAUGAAAUUCAGACUGACAAAUCCUCCAAAGCAGUUGACUUCCAGUCAGCAGUUUGAGAGUGAAAAUGCAGCAAUGGCACACCGAGAGGCCAAACGUGGUGAUAAAGAAGCAGAGGAGCCAAAGGAAUCUUCGCAGGUAUCUCAAGAUGUACACACAAGUUUUAAUCCAAAUGAAGAUAAUCCUGGCACAGUAGAAGAAAGUGCUGAACCAUUUUUAAGAGCACCUAAAACACCUGACUUAAAGGGGAAGAAGAUGCAUUUCUAUGAAACACCUCCAUUUGACUUCAUUCAAAAUUUAGGUUGUGAAGAAGGAACAUCAAAGUCUCCUGCUUUCUUUUCUCUCAUGAACUUCUCCCAGAAGUCACCUGGCUUUAACUUCUUUGGUUCUUCUGUGUUUGGGGCACAAAACUCAUCUGAUGAGACAGAAGAAAAUUUCCCUGUGGAAAACAUGAACACUCUGUCCCCACACAAAGAUAUUGGGAGCUUCUUUGGGAAACCUGAAAGUGAGGAUGCAUUUGCCUUCCCCUUCGCCUCAGAAUCGACUUCUCAUGCGUUUGGAGAUGGAAAAGAUGACUUUAGUUUUCCAUUUGCAUUUGGACAGGAUCAGAGAUCAUCACAUUCUCCUGCUAUGAAAGGUUUUCAUUCUUCCUCACAAAAUACAAAGCAAUUUACACUCUUUUGA